UCAAUGAUAAUCUCACAACUAAGCAUUAUGAUAAAUGUGAUGACUUUCAAUUUUCAACCGUUAUCUUCAUUACUUAUGCAACAAUAAACCUUUAUCACCUGCAUACUGGGUUUAUAUCUCUCAGUUGAUUCGAUACACAAGAGCAUGCUCUGCGUAUAUAUGCGUUCAAUUUCUAAAAUGAGGUAAAUUUUUAACAAAUUGAUGAAAAAAGAAUAUCAGCAGUAUCGUUUAAAGUAAUCAUUUCGUACGUUUUAUGGUCGAUAUGAAUGACUUUGUCAGCAAAUACAAUUUAUCAAUAAGUCAAAUGCCGAAUAACAAUUUCAAAAAUAAUUGUUAGACUAUUAUUUACACACUGAAUUGUCGACGGAUUUUCCCGGGUUUUUUCUCUCGAUCAUAUGACAAGCAGCACACGGCGGGUGUGACCGGUCGGCAGGGGGUGCUCACUUCUCCAUGACACCUAAUCCCACCUCUGAUGUGUCGGAGGUCCGUGUUUGCUCUGCUCCUAUUUUGUAUUGUUGGUCCUUUGAGCUUGAAUACUGUUCGUUACCUCCAUAUAAUUCACAUUGACAAUUAUAAUCAAAGGCAGAAAACAUUUAUGCAUGAUUCAUCUUUAAUUUGAAUGAUGAAAUUAUAGAUAUUUAUUCCAUCAGAUAAACAUAUCAAUUUGGUGUAUUGUACAUACAACAGAUAAGAUAAGGAUACCGCACGUUUAAUGACGUUUUAAGACCUCGAAUGGAAGCAGCUGGCACUCUCUGUGCAAUGUAGUUUAGCAACGAAUUUAUUCAGAGGUAUUGUUUAAAUUAAUUAUGAUAUCAUUAUUAACUUUUUUCUGUUUGCUAAACAAGAAAUAUGUUGUUAUUUCAAUCAAAUACCAAAGGGGCAUUCUAACAUCUUUAAAGACAUAAGUACAUUAAUACUAAUAUAACAAGGCGCGUAAUUCUUCAUUUAAAUUUAUUUGAUAUUUUGGCAAACAAUUGUCAGCAAUGAAACACAAACAAUGUGAAAUUUGUAUAUUGCAACCAAAACAAGUUUAUUUAGAAGUUCCAUCGAUGUUUUAUGAUUGUUUUUGUAGUGUUCUUGGGGUCAUCAACCGAAUUUGAAUUACUUAAUAAGUGCCAUGCAUAUUUCUUCUUUUUGAGGGACAAAUUGUUUUACGGUUAUAAAUUACGUGUUAUUUCUUUGAGCUUCAUAUAAACGAAAAAUAAGAGGUUUACGUCGGAGGAAAGUCAAAGAUUUUCUGCAACCGUAAGUAAAAUAUCAUUUAUCAAUUUAGAGUACAGUGUACCUCUUUUCCUGAAUUUUUUUUCAUGAAGAUAAUAAAAGCAGAGCAUCCAAAAAAAAUUACAAAAUUCUUUUGUGAUGUGGAGAAGUAUUUUGUAAAUCAAUUUUCAGUUACAGUUUGUUUGUAAACUGUGAGUUUAACUAUUCAUUCUUUAACGGACAUAUAUUAAACGUCAACCCAUUCGUAAACUAAUAAAUGUCAUUAAAAUCAGAAAUUUGUGUGGAAGAGUUAAGAGAACUCAGAAACGAAAGAUGAAAUUGAAUUUAAAAAAUACUUAUCUAUUGAAGCGGAAAUCGUUUUGCAAAUUACACUAAUAGAGGGAAAAACAUAUUUAAAAUGUAUUUUCUUUUAAUGUUCUCAGAUAUGAUGGAUGUCACACUUUUGAUGGUUUGUUCGUCAGUUGUGUCCGUUAUCCUGGCUAGAAAUGUUCCCUGCAUUUGUACAGAGACUGUGGAACCAAUAUGUGGAGAGGACGGCGUCACAUACAACAAUUCAUGCAUCAUGGAAUGCGCGGGUGUAACGGCUGCAGAUAAUCCAUUGUCCUGCUGCUCAUGUGAUUUGAAUUAUAAUCCUGUAUGUGGUAUUAAUGGUAGAUCGUAUGGAAAUGAAUGCAUGGCGACAUGCAGAGGUAUUCGGAUUGUAAGGAAGGGAGAAUGCCCACGUGUCCCCACUCCGUCGCCAUGUUCAGACGUCUACGAACCUGUUUGUGGAGUGGACGGGAUGACCUAUGGAAACCUUUGUAAAGCAGGGGAUGUUCGGAUUGCUUCUGAUGGGGAGUGCCCAAGACAAUGUUUUUGUUCUCCUCAUGACUACAGACCAGUCUGCGGAAGUGAUGGAAGAACCUAUCAGAAUCUCUGUCUUGCUGACUGUGUGAAUGAAAUUUAUGUGGUCAAAAUUGGAAAAUGUUGAUAAACAUUGUUGUGUGGAUGUCUGUUUUCAAUCCAGCUACUUAUUCCAAUGACUAGUGUAUCAGAGUGCUGGGCGCUUGUUUCUGAUUCAGACUGGCUAAAAAGCAAUCCGACGAAUAAGCGCUCGACUUUCUAUAUUUGAAGUCGGAAUCACAUCGGAAUCAUAUUAUGCAUCGUAUUGGCAGCUUUUCCACUGACAAAAUACCAGUGUGUUCCUGAAAAAUAAAACAUAU